AUGGCCGACGAUACAAACUCCAAAGCAGGCAAAAGCGCCUACGUUACUCUACUGACCCGCCCUUCUUACCUAGCUGGCGCCAUACUCCUUGCAUAUACAUUGCACAAGUACUCCCCGGAGACCCCCUUGAUCAUCACAUACACGGCCGACACUGUGGGCGAAGCUUCGAUUGCUGCCUUCAAAGCCGAAGCCAAGCACACCAAUAUCAUCACCCGCCCCGUUGAGCACCUUCGGCUUCCAGAAGAUGGCACGAAGCACGGUAUGGUUGCAGAGCGCUUUAUCGAUACCUGGACGAAACUGCGCGUCUUUGACCUGUAUGACCUUGGUUUCGAGCGCAUAUGCUGGCUCGACGCAGACAUGAUGAUCUUCUCGAACCCGUCACCACUUAUAUUUAGUAAGGAGAACGACGCAUACCUGGAGGGAGGAGAUGCGAUGCGUAUUAUGGCCACACAUGUGUGCGUCUGUAAUCUGGACCACGACAGCUGGGCACCAAAGUCAUGGGUUCCUGAGAACUGCGCCCUUACCCACUUGAAGGACUCGUCUGAGAUUCCCGAAGUCAAGAACGAGCCGGAGUCAUUUGGCCAGUUCAACUCAGGCACUUUCGUCUACCGCCCGUCGAAAGCCCUUUCAGAAUUCGUGCUCGCUAAGUACAAUGAACUAGGCAAUGCGCGUCUCCGCGCAAUGAAGUUCCCAGACCAAGACUUCCUCAACGAAGUAUUCAAUAGUCGCUGGAGAAGUCUAAGCUGGAAGACUAAUGCGUUGAAAACAUGGCGAUACUGGCACCCAAAUAUCUGGGUUGACAACGAGGUCAGCGUGCUACACUACAUCGUCGACAAGCCCUGGGCUGCACGAGUAAAGCCCAACGGUACGGCGGGAUACCUAGGCAAGGACGGCGAGACACACGCGUGGUGGUGGAAGGAAUACGAGAACUGGCAGGGCGAGAGAAUGAAGCAGAAUGAGGCAGGAUUGCUGGCGACAGUGAGCAAGUACGCAGCUGCCGAGAAUGGAGAGGAGAGCGAGGAGAUGAAAGCCAUAGGAGGCAAUGCACAGGACUUCGCGAAGAAAUGGAAGGACGGAAAGGAGGUUGAUGGGCAGGAGAAUGGUAAGGAAUUUCCGCAGCUGCAGAAGAAGGUUGAACGGGGGCAUGGGCCUGUUCUUCGAGUAUUACCUUUCGAAUUCGUGUACGUGGCGUCGUUUACGCAAGCUCGCGAAAAACCGAGACUGGGGUCUACAACGCGUCGUGGGCCGGUUGACGCGUGAUCGCUGACUUCGCUCCCGUGGGCUUGGACUCGAUCGCGAUUCGAUGCCUCACCGAUAUGCGC